AUGCCGUGCUUAUUCAAAGAAGUCAUAUGGAAAAUGGAUAACAAAUCGGAAGAUGGAUUUAGAUGCACCGGCGAUGGCAAAGCUGAAUUUAAACAGCGUGGAAUUGUAAUUGAUGGAAUAAGUCCAAUUAAGCAUAAAGGAUAUCCACAACCUGAAAAUUAUGGUGAUAAAUCUGAAAUUUAUAUCGCAUCACAGGACGUCUUUUAUUUUCCGAGAGGAUUUGACAAGUUUUUUACACAUUUAGUCAUGCUUCGUGUCACUUUGUGUCGACUAAGAGAAAUCAAGCAAGACGACUUGAAAGUCUUUCCAGAUUUAAUUUAUUUAGAUUUGGACAGCAAUUAUCUUGAAGUUAUCGAAAAAGAUUUAUUCAAAUUUAAUCCAAAAAUUGAAACAAUUCUUAUGGACUUCAAUUUGAUUAAGUUUAUUGAUGCAAACUUUCUCGAUGACUUGAAAGACCUCAAAUUCAUCACUUUAGCUGGAAGUGCCUGUAUCAACAUUAGAGCUGAGACUAGAGAGAAAAUAUUGACGAAAUUAAGAAAGGAAAUCCAAAAAAGUUGUCAAAAUCACGAUGAAUUGGAGAAUUUAGCAAAAAUCAAUAAAACAGGAACUAAGCAUGGUCGAUACUUUUGGGUUAUGGUUGGAUGUGGAGUCAUUGUUGGGAUAUUUUUGAUUGGUGCUGUUAUUAGAGUUGCUUAUGGAAUUAUUAAAAGAGUUUAA